GGCGAAGGCGCCUCCCCGUGCCCGGCCCCUCCCUGCGCUUUGUUGGCCAAGGUGGGAAGCGUGGGCUCGGGCUCCCCACGCCAGAAACGCCCCUCCCACGUCCUCGGGCCGGGAAGGCAAGCGGGUCUCCCUUGGGAGGGAAGGAAGGGAGGAAGGAGGAGGCAGGGAGGGGGUCGGAUCCCCCACCUGCGUCGCAGGCAAGCCCAGAUCCCUCCAUCUGCUGCAACCGGAGGAGAGUUUUUGCGGAUGCCACGCACGCCAGGAGGCUGAGAGAGAGAGAGAGAGAGAGAGAGAGAGACCCCACCCCAGCCUUCCUUCGUGCCUUGACUUGAUCUCCAGGAGAAGGAAGAGGACGCCUUUCCUUCCUUCCAACCUGCGCCCCCCCCCCCCUUCUCCUUGCAAUGGCUCUGACCCGGCUGGAGGAACGCCUCUAACCCGCGUCCACACCCGGAGGAAGAGGAUGCUCUGCCUGGGAAGAGGAGGAGGAGGAGGAGAAGAGGAAGAAGGAAAGACCCCCGGCUGGAGCCUGGCUUCCUGGUGGUAGUUCCAGACCCCGAGACCGUGGGACUUCGGCAGGAUGGGGGCCAAGCCGGAGGAGGCAUCGGCUGUUCAAACUUCAGGAAAGCCUGGAAGUGUGCCUUACAUGAAUGCAGGUGAAGAAGAAGAAACCCUGAAGUCUCAGCAGGAUGUGAAGCCCAGCGAUGAGCAGUAACUUCUGCAAUAACGUGUCAGUGAGCAUGAGUGUCAACGAGGUGUCCACCUUUCCCCUGACUCUGGAGCAAAAAACCGGCUUUGCCUUCGUAGGGAUCCUGUGUGUCUUCUUAGGACUGCUGAUCAUAAGAUGCUUCAAAAUCCUAUUAGACCCUUAUAGCAGUAUGCCAUCGUCCACAUGGGAGGAUGAGGUCGAGGGGCUGGAUAAGGGGACAUUUGAGUACGCUCUCGCAUGAAAAAAAAAAUCCCAGAAGAAUACCCUGCCUUAAUUUUGAUGUUGUCCAUUUUGGGGUGGGGAGGGAGGGGGUGGGGAUUCCCCCGUCAGAAGGCAUUUGUAACACACACCGAUGUUUUGACGAUAUGGUGGUGGCAUCUUUUUGUUAAAUAAAGCUUUGUUGCAGAUUCAUACAA